CUGUUUUAGGAUGGUCAACAGCAUGACCUACUACGGUCUGUCGUGGAACACGAGUAAUUUAGGCGGAAACGACUACGUCAAUUUUGUGAUUGCGGGUGCGGUUGAACUUCCAGCGUACACGUUCCUUCUUCUCACCCUAAACAGAUGGGGUCGUAAAUCGAUUCUGUGCGGAUGUAUGGUCACCGCCGGCGUUGCUCUGCUGCUCACGAUGGCUGUACCGCAAGCGCAUCCCUGGAUGACGGUGACGCUGGCGAUGAUCGGAAAGUUGGCGAUCACUGCAAGCUAUGGAACAGUAUACAUUUUCUCCACCGAGCAAUUCCCGACGGUAAUCCGAAACGCCGGUCUCGGAGCAGGUUCGAUGUGCGCGCGUAUAGGCUCGAUAUCCGCUCCCCUCAUCAACUUGAGCAACGAAGUAUGGAAACCGUUUCCGCUAAUCAUCUUCGGAAUCCUAUCGCUUUUGGCCGGAUGCCUAUCCCUGCUCCUACCAGAGACGCUCAACCAAAAAUUGCCGGCCACGAUAGCGGACUGCGAGACAUUCGGAAGCCCGAUGACUGUAAUCGAAGAGGAGAAGCAACUGAAAUGUGACGACGAUCUCGAGAGGAACGACAAGAUUAAACUUUAACUCGUGUAUUAAUUCUCAAUAUUAGGAAUCUAUAUUUUAAACAAUAUUAUUUUUAAACAGUGGUAUAUGUGGCUGUGGAUUCUUUGCGCGAACUCGUUUUUUAUGCACUGCGAAAGGUUUUACAGUAGCAAAAAUGCCGUACAGUAUCGGUUGAGAUUAGGCGUGACGUUUAUACAAAUCAACGGUAUACAUUUUUUUACUCCAUGUGUACAAUAAAGAGAAUUUCGUAAUGA